UACAUAUUGUUUUAAAGAGCUUGGGGAAGGUAGCAGAGAAAGCUAAUGACAAUGGGAAUAUAUGAAGAUUGUUCUAGAAGAAUUCCUUCGAGUCAAAGAGUUAGCAUGGAAAUUUCGCUGAGGAAAAGUGAACAAGUGGCUUAAGAAACAAAUGUUCUUCGAAUUCUUUGAGGUAUGCACUAAUAGUUUUCCUUUAGAGAAAGGAUAGAUAUCGAUUCUACUUCCCUUCAGACAUUGAAUAAAAAAUUAAGUUUAUUCAAUGCUUCAGAGCAGAAAAAUUAUGAAAAACGAGUGAUAGUUCGAUUGAAUGUUUGUGAAGUGAAACUGAACAUAAAAGCAGACGCAAUUACGAAAAAGGCGAGUCAUAUGAAACUAUAAAAACUAUACUAUCGUUGCCACACCUAAAUUCUAUAGUUGUUUAUCUAUCAUUUUGGUAAGUAUCCACUCGAUUGCGGGAAUCAAUCCUUAAAUCAGAUACACUACGACGAUAAAUUAAUCUGAAAAAAAUUGUUACAGUUAAACACGUAAACAAAUGGCGAUUCGUCCGAUUUCAAAAGAGUUGAAGGCAAUAGCCAUAAAUGAACUGAAUGAACGUACUGAAAAAAUUGAGGAAGACCUACUUCAUCUACAGGAAUGGUUCAAAAAGCAGCCGCAUUUGAAUGUCAGACCAGAUGACCAGUGGCUGGUAGCGUUCUUAAGAGGUUGUAAGUGGAGCUUGCAACGUACCAAGGAAAAAAUUGAUUAUUUCUACACACUUCGCACACUGAUUCCAGAUGUGUUUCAAAACAGAGAUCCACUCGAUCCUUUCAUACAGAAUAUGCUAGCAAAGGGAAUUAUUUAUCCACUACCUAAUGUAGAAGACCCCAAUGGACCCAGAAUAAUACUUUGGGAUUAUUCGGUCAUGGACUAUAAUACCAUCAGAUUCAUAGAUUUGUUCAAGUUAUUUUUUAUGACAAUGGAGAUAUUAAUGGUUGAAGACGACAGCUUCGUGGUCUCUGGGGCCGAAUUUGUAAUAAAUUACGAGACAGUUCCGCCAUCGUUCUUUUUGCAGUUUACCCCCGCAUUAACAAAGAAAUUUAUAAUGUGUUGGCAAAACGCGUACCCUUUGAGAAUAAAAACCAUGGUUAGCAUCAACGUACCUCCCGCUUUAGAAAAAAUUUACAAUAUCUUUUGCAAACCGUUCUGCAGCCAAAAAAUACAAGACAGGGUGCAUCUGUACAGUUCCCAAAACAACGAUAAGGCCCAUGCUCACAUUCCCAAAUCCGUGUUUCCGGAAGAAUUAGGUGGCAGAAAUAGUCCUCGCUCCGAAAUCAUAAUGCAAUGGAAGAAAAAAGUUGAAAGUUACCGAAGUUGGCUAUUGGACGAUGAUAAAUACUGUUCUAAUGAGCAAUUAAGGCCAGAAAAGCCUAAGACAUACGACGAAGAAUUUGAUAUGGAGGGAACUUUUAGGCAAUUGAUUUUAGAUUAAUCAUUCGAAAAUUACCUCUCAGGUUAUUAUAAUAAUUAGAAAUUUACAUUACGUAAAAUGUAAAUAAGAAAGAUGGUAAAAAAGAUUUAACUGAUA